AUGCAGGAUCCAAGACAGGUCCCAAACCCAUUACGCCCUUACUAUAUCCCACCGUCCAUCGGAAAUGAGACACUUCCAACCACUACCGCAGGCGCCCCGACGCCUCACUCAACAUCAACCUUCACAUUCCCUGACAUCGACUAUUCCGACUAUAUUUCAGAUGCCUCACCCUCGAUUCCAGGUUCAAUCAAGUCUCUCCUCGAUCAGGCGCUAUGGAAAUACACCAGUGUAGUCAUUGCCCAGCCUUUUGAGGUUGCAAAGCUCAUCCUACAAGCUCGUAUUGCGCAGGAUGAAGAAGAAGAGUGGGCUCAGGAACCAAAGCACGGAGGGGAAGACGAGGACAUUGAAGGAUACUACAAUGGGCACUCUUCGGAUGAGGAACCAAAUUAUUUCACGUCUACUGCACCCUUUGAGCGGUCUGUCUCCAGCCGCUCUCCCAUGCGUGGUCGACAUGGAAGGCCGCCACGACAUUCCGAUCAUCCCCAGCAGCAUGUCGAAGGCCGAAUACGUCUGAAGAAUCCUCACUCACUGCUCGAUGCACUUUCAUCCCUCUCUUCCAGCAGUGGAUUGCUGGCAAUGUGGCGUGCCACGAAUUCAACGUUCAUCUACAGCAUAUUGAACCGGACUUUGGAGACAUUCCUCAAAAGCUUUUUGGCAGCUGUGCUUGGACUAGCGGAAAAUGAUAUUCUCCUCCCAACAUCUACCGGGGCCAUCUCGGAUUCAUCAAUACUCAUCUCUACAUCCCCCGCCGCUACCGCUCUGAUCACAGCCGCAGCCGCAGCCAUCUCAGCGCUCGUUCUGGCACCAAUUGAUGCAGCCAGGACCAGACUAAUCCUCACACCAUCUAACGAGGAACCACGCACUUUACUGGGCACUCUACGGACACUGCCGACACCUUACUUGAUACCCCGACACCUCAUCCCAAUCACCUUUUUCAGCUCAACUAUUCCGACUCUUAUUUCUACAAGUACCCCCGUUUUCUUGAGGUCUUACCUCGGCCUUGACCCGGCUCUGAAUCCUGCUAGCUGGAGUCUGGCCACGUUUGCCGGCUCGGCGUUGGAUCUUUCGGUCAAGUUCCCUCUUGAAACGGUCCUGCGUCGUGCACAAAUUGCGACGUGGACUUCACCGACUUAUUCACCGCCAUCCACAUCAUCUAAGCGUAAGGCUAUCACCACAAUUGUGCCAGUGCCACAAUCCUACAGAGGAAUUCUGCCGACCAUCUGGAGCAUUACACGGGAAGAAGGCUACUCCGAAUCUCAAAAGGACAAAACAGCAGCUCUCCUAGGGAAGGCUCCGCGGAGGAGGCGCAAGGGACAAGGGAUCGAAGGACUAUACCGCGGCUGGAGAGUCGGGUUCUGGGGCCUUGUCGGCGUUUGGGGUACCUCCUUUGUAGGCGGUUUGCAAAGUGGAAUCGAGGCUACUUCGGAUAGUCCUGGUAUCCAUGGUGGUAAGUUCUGA